AUGAGAGAUAUUGGAAAAAGCAAGCGAGCGGAGGAAGACGAGUGGACGGGAAGAGAUAAGGCUAGGGAUGAGAGCGCUGGAUAUGAUUUUUUUACCGGGAAGUAUAUAUUUGAUAUUGUUUCUCUUUUUCUUUUUCUAUUUGACUGCAGUGAAGUUAGUGGUGACAGAGAAGUGCAACGAACUAUGUUGGAGUUGCUGAAUCAGCUAGAUGGAUUUAGCAGUGAUGAGAGGAUAAAGGUGAUAGCUGCAACCAAUCGUGCAGAUAUUCUUGAUCCUGCUUUACUCCGUUCUGGUCGCCUGGACCGAAAGAUUGAGUUCCCUCAUCCGACGGAAGAAGCAAGAGCUCGGAUUUUGCAAAUUCACUCAAGAAAGAUGAACGUACAUCCUGAUGUCAACUUUGAGGAGCUGGCUCGUUCAACUGAUGAUUUCAAUGGUGCACAGCUGAAGGCUGUUUGUGUGGAAGCUGGCAUGCUUGCUCUACGGAGGGAUGCUACAGAGAUGAUCCAUGAAGAUUUCAAUGAAGGCAUUAUCCAAGUGCAAGCAAAGAAGAAGUCCAGCUUGAAUUAUUACGCUUAGUUUCCCUUCAAGUAAUCAGAACGCGCUGUUUGUAACACUCGGUACCAUUUUUAUUUGGAAUAUAGUUUAAAUCUUGAACCCUCCUGAUUGUGUGAAGCACUCUUGCUUUGUGCCUGUACCCGCAGAGAUUAUUUCUAACCAAUUGCUCUGUGCCGAAAAUGCAAAUUGUGGUUUACGAGUAUAUGGCUUGCUUAGGAUGGCAUUAGCUCGGUGCCAGAUUGGUGUUCCGAGCGACUCACGGGUUGCUUUUCUAUCAGUAUGUCUGGUCCUGUGUGCAUGAGAGUUUGUAGUUUGUUUUUGGAGACUGAAUGAGUGCUGAUGACCUGCAAUGAAUUUGAGUUAACGCUGA